ACCCUUGCCUGAUUGGGUAGGUCUCGUACGACGCAUGCGGGACGUCACCGAGUAGGAAAUUCACUGCACUACAGCGACAUCAGCCACUGCUUCUGCAGUAUUGUUAGUGCAGGGUGGUUUAAUUUCGCAGUUGGAAAUAAUCAUUUCUAAUCUUAACUCAUUGGGAUUUUUUCGAGUGAAAAUUUAUUUUUUUGUGUGAGUUGAGUGCCGUUUCACACUCCGCUAAUCCAAAGUUUGUUAAGAUGGUAUCGAAUAUCAAAGAAUUACCCUUCAUGCAGUCCGGCAAGCUGGACAUCGAACCUGAACAACUCCGUCAGCGACUGAACAUGGCGACCUUCGACACCAGUACGGGUGACGGGCAGAGAUUCGCUGUGCUCAGCUACGAACAAGUGAAAAGACUCGAUCAAGUAAUGGACGAAGUAGUUCCGAUCCAUGGCCGCGGCAACUUUCCAACACUAGAAAUUAAGUUAAAGGAUCUAGUACAAGUUGUCAGAGGCAAAUUGGAGAAAGAUUGUGUGACAGUGAAAGACAUUCGUCUAAACGGCGGUGCAGCGAGUCAUUCCUUAGCGUCUGACAGUUCGCCCUACAACGAUCUCGAUCUCAUAUUUGCUGUCGACCUUUCUACGCAACGUAACUUCGAAAAAAUUAAAUCCGCAGUUUUGGAUUCUCUGCUUGAUUUUUUGCCAGACGGUGUUAACAAGAAGAGGAUCAGUACGUGCAGUCUGAAAGAGGCUUACGUGCAUAAGAUGGUCAAAGUGACCAACGGUGAUCGCUGGAGUUUGAUCUCUCUCAGCAACAAUCGAGGACGUAACGUAGAAUUGAAAUUCGUUGAUAUUAUGAGAAGACAAUUCGAAUUUAGCGUGGAUUCGUUCCAAAUCAUACUGGAUUCGCUUCUUUUAUUUUACGAAUGCUCGGAAAUGCCGAUGAACGAAAAUUUUUACCCCACUGUCGUCGGUGAAAGCGUUUACGGCGACUUUCAGGAAGCAUUGUACCAUUUGCACAAAAAAUUGAUCGCCACCCGAAAUCCAGAAGAAAUCCGAGGCGGCGGAUUGUUAAAGUAUUGCAACUUGUUAGUGCGUGAUUAUAAACCAGCUCGUCCCGAGGAGAUCAAAACAUUGGAAAGGUAUAUGUGUUCGCGUUUUUUCAUCGACUUUAGCGAUAUCAAUCAGCAAAGAGCAAAAUUGGAAAGUUACCUAGCUAAUCACUUCAUCGGAGACGAGCACAGUAAAUAUGAAUACUUGAUGAUUCUACACCGUGUUGUGGACGAAAGUACUGUGUGUUUGAUGGGCCACGAGCGCAGACAAUCGCUCUGCCUGAUCGACGAACUUGCGUGUCAAGUGUAUUUCGAAGAACAACAGUCGCUGUUUGCCAAACAUCAUCAAUUACAGCAGUACGAUGUGACGACAGUAGGACACCAGCCGCAUCUGCUUUUCGGCGGCGCAAAUUACUUCUACACACCAUACUUAUCAGCCCAGCCUUCCGGAUUCACUCCCUGCCCAUGUGGAUGGAUGCAGUGCGCGUGAUGGCCAAAUCGUGUCGUCGGGUGAUGGGUUCCGUUUGACUGUCAUUGUAAGGGUUUCUUGGUUCUUCGACAACGCAACUCGAGACAAGACUGUGCUACGACGUUGCACUUGUUUAUGUUUAACCGAUCUUAAUAUUUCUUCAGUGUCUUCUCGAUUAAAACUCGAUUUUUAAUGGAUUCAUAUCAAUGCCUGGACCAAGCUACAGGAACACGGCAAGGAGUACUUUUUUUCUUUUAAGAUUUGUAACUAGAGGAGAUGUGUUCUAAGUGCUAACGAGGCAGAAAAAACAAAAACAAAAAAAAAUCAUCAGUUCUUUCCAAAAAUACUUAUGCGUGUUCAUGCAUUCUGGUGUUUCUUGUAUAGUUUGUAUCCAAACAUUUAAUCCACUCAAGUCUAUUUUGUAUUGUAAUGUAAGUAAUUUAAUCAGAAAUGCAUGAAACAUGUGUUUUUAGUUUAUUUUUUGCGAGAAUCGGAGUGUAAGGGUUCUGCAUAUCUAAUUGUACCUUGCUUGUCAUUGCUUUUCCUUUAAAAAAUUAGCAAGUUAGCUGCCAAAGAGAUCAGAAAGACAGGUAUGACGAUAUUAUGUAUGAACCUCUGUUCCAAUUAUAUCGGGAACGAAAUGCCCCGAGCAUGAACGUUUGAAUGAUAUUAGUUUUUUUCUAUACAUAUAUUUUUUCGUGAACGAUGAAACAUUCCUGUAUGCAACAAACUGUUUAUUAGUGAAAAAAAAAGAUAUAUAUAAUAUUAAAACAAAUAGUCAUUGGGUGACGGAUAACCCUUUUCAAGUAUACUUGACAUUCUUCGCCCUGUUAAAUUCAAACUUCCAAAGUGAAGUUUUAAGCUCAGCGCGUUCCUUUAUUGUUAAUAAAUUGUAAAAAAACAAAAGAAAAAUAAUAAAAUAUCGAAACACUUAAAUUA